AUGGCCGAACGGCUAUGCGGCGGGUUCGCGCGCCAAAAGGCUGCUCCGCUCGCUGAUUGGUGGGCGCAGCGGACCGAGCGACCAAUUUCCGAAAGAACAAAGCACUUCUGUGAGAAAAAUGAAGAAAAGAAAACCCAUGACAUCCUUUUUAAAGGUACUCAAGAUCUUUUUCUUUCUAAAGAGUUUCAAAAAUCUACUCGCGAGAAAAAAAAAUGUAUAAAACAAAUUUCUAGCAACAUUUCUAAUACUUUUUUAGGACACUUUUCACAAUCAUCACAUAUAUUUCAUGCCAGAAGGACAGAUUCAAGAAAACAUCUUGAUAAAAAUGUUGGACAUAAAAUUCAGAAACUUAAAAAUAGUAUACAAACAUUAGAUGAUUUCAUUGAAGGCAUGGAAGAAAGAAUUGAAGAUGUGAAUUUAAUGGUAAUGAAUCAGAAUUGCCAUGAAGAAGAUAUAAAGCAAAAUUUCAUUCAUAUUGAAAAUGAAUAUACGAAAUUUGCUGCUGAUUUGUCAAAUGAACCAAAGUUUGAUAUACAGCAUUUAAUAUCUUCUUUGGGAGAAAAUUUCAGAAAAGAGAUAUUACGAAAUAUGUUGAAGAACUUACGUAAUGUGUCUGAUACUUGUCUAUAA